GAAUAUAAACAGUUAUGAUGGAAUAUUCUGAGAGAAAAAGGAAACUUACUGUCAUUCUCAGCCGGCUGAUGCAAUUGCCUUAGAAAUCUCACUGGGUGAGCCGGUUGCCAAUUAGUAAUUUUCUCGAGGUGUAUAAACGAACGUAGAAGUCCCGUUAGGUGCCUGGACCUAAAAUUCCUUGUUGUAUGUAUUUUAGAGCGUGAAACUUGAGGCGGGACUUGUGAGUCCCGUCAGUGGGGAAAGGGUUAAAUAUGUCCGAGACGUAUGGUAUCAAAAAUGGAUCAGCGUACACUGCGUACUAUUGAUGGCAGCUUGUUGGAAGGGGGGGGUCAAGUGCUGAGAGUUGCUGCAGCUUGUGCUGUAAUUAUGCAACAUCCUGUUACAAUUAACAAGAUUCGGGCUAGACGUUCUGCUCCUGGUCUUAAGUCUCAGCAUUUAAAAGGCUUGGAGGUGCUAUGUUUGAUCUGCCAAGGGAAGCUUGCUGGAGGCUCCUUGAACUCAGCAGAAGUUACUGUAACACCAGGUCCAAUUAAUGCUGGUCACUUUGAAGCUGACAUACAAACUGCUGGGAGCGUGAUGUUGAUCAUCCAGUUGGUGCUGCCAUGCUGUUUGUAUGCACCAGGUCCCACGUCACUGAGCCUCAGAGGCGGCACUGACACUGACAUGGCUCCUCCAGUGGAUUAUACAAAAAAUGUUUUUGCUCCGAUUGCAUCUAAGUUUGGAGUUGACAUGUCCAUUGAUGUUACACGACGGGGUUUCUUCCCUCGAGGAGGCGGAGAAAUUCAAGCCACCAUCAAAAAUAUACCUGGUAGUUUAACUGCAGUGAAUCUAUUGGAAUUCGGCAAGGUUUUGAAGGUUGAGGGGGUGUGCGUGAUUGCUGAUUUGCCAGACCAUCUCGCCGACACCGCCAUUGACGCCGCACGGGCGACCUUACAACGAGGCUUGCCUGGCGCUGCUGAUGUGCAUAUCAACAUCAAGAAGGAGGUCACCUCUUACCCUAACGCUGUAGGCAAAGGCUUUGGUAUUGUUUUGUGGCUCCGCACCAGCACAGACGUUGUGUUGGGAGCGACUUGCAUUUCAAAGGCAGGCAAAAGAGGCGAGAGGGGCACGCCAGCAGAUGUAGUUGGUGUUGAAGCCGCCCAAGCCCUCAUAGAAGACUGUAAGCUGGGCGCGUGUGUGGACCGGCAUAUGCAGGAUCAGAUGAUCCUGCUGAUGGGGCUGGCGGCGGGCAAGUCGAGCGUCGUGUGUGGGCCUCUCACCCAACACACCCUCACAGCCAUUGAGAUCAUGCAGCAGAGCACCCCCGUAAAGUUUACCGUCGACAAGAUGAACGACAGCCUCUUCAAAAUUUCAUGCGACGGUAUUGGCAUGAAGAGAAGCUAAUUCCCUGCUUCACGAUUAUAAAUUCUGUGAUUUGUUAUCUUAAUAAUAAAUUUUUGUUUAUUUAUUUCUAGCUACACAUCAACUCUGUUAUUUAAUUUCCAAAGUUACAACUAGAUGGGUAGCCACCGGCAUUUCUAACUCUUAUUUUGCAACGGUUCGAUAUUGUAAUGUCUUAUUUUUUUGUGUAGUACUUGGCAUACAUAGUUUAUAAAUUGGUAAAAAAAUUAAUAAAUUUAUAAAUUAUUAAUACAAAGAAAUAAUUAAAUAAUUGGAAAAUGAAUAAUUUUCAGUGCACCGUAAUUUACAUACGGUAUCUUUCAAUACCUGCCUUAAGUAUCGCUAGUUUAUAGAUGGGAAAAACUACCUGAUAACGAUUCUGGUUCAAAUAUGAUGCUCUUUACGUAAAUGGUUUAUGUUGUUUUCAUUCAUGGAAAUAAAAUCCAAAUAUAUACUGGAUUGAAUACCUGUCUGACGGGACAAAGUUAUUUCCUUCAAAUUCUUCUUUGUCGGUCAACAUUCCGGCCUGCAAUUAAACAUUCAGAAUCUCUCUCGAUGCUAGUCAAUCUAAUCGAGAUUUUGGCCUUUCUUCUUUUACGUGCAAGUUCGCUAGGAGUGAU